AUUGUGACCAAAGAUUUACCUCCGAGUCAACAGACAACAGAAGCUCAGCGCAAGGCAGAACCUGCCAGAAGGCAUGGAGCGUGGGAAACUCCUGGGUCCCCCAUCAGACACAAGAAGCACUCCAAAAAACCACAAAAAACCUCAUGAAUGCUCAGAGUGUGGGAAAUCCUUUGCUCGCAGGUCCCUCCUUUUGACCCACAGGAAGGUCCAUGUGGGAAGUGGAUCCAGUCACGGUUUGGAGGGCGAGAAAUCCUUCUCUGGGAAAAACUCCAAAGAUCUCAGGAACCCCCCAACACUAAAACCCUAUAAAUGUGUGGAAUGUGACUUAUGCUUUGGACUAAAGUCACACCUUCUUAGACAUCAGAAAAUCCACACUGGAGAGAAACUUUAUCAAUGUGUGGAAUGUGGCGAUUUUUUCCGUGAAAAAGCCCAUCUCAGAUACCACGAGAGGAUUCACACAGGGGAGAAACCUUACAAGUGUUGGGAAUGUGGGAAGAGCUUUUCUCGGAAGUCAAAUCUUUCGUCCCAUGAGAAGAUCCAUGAAGGAAUAAAGCCUUACAAAUGCUUUGAGUGUGGAAAAUGUUUCACC